CCCCCCCCGCCCGCGCUGGGAGCCGCAGCCGCCGCCACUCCUGCUCUCUCUGCGCCGCCGCCGUCAUCACCGCCGCCGCCACCGCCACCGGCUGAGUCUGCAGCCCUCGAGGAGAUCCCAACCAUCAUCAUGUCUAUAGAGAAGAUCUGGGCCCGAGAGAUCUUGGACUCCCGCGGGAAUCCCACCGUGGAGGUGGAUCUCUAUACUGCCAAAGGCCUGUUCCGGGCUGCAGUCCCCAGUGGGGCCUCCACUGGCAUCUAUGAGGCCCUGGAGCUAAGGGAUGGGGACAAACAGCGUUACCUAGGCAAAGGUGUCCUGAAGGCAGUGGACCACAUCAACACCACCAUCGCACCAGCCCUUGUCAGCUCAGGUCUCUCCGUGGUGGACCAAGAGAAACUGGACAACCUGAUGCUAGAGUUGGAUGGGACUGAGAACAAAUCCAAGUUUGGGGCCAAUGCCAUCCUGGGUGUGUCUCUGGCUGUGUGUAAGGCUGGGGCAGCUGAGAGGGACUUGCCCCUCUAUCGCCACAUUGCUCAACUGGCUGGGAACUCGGACCUCAUCCUGCCUGUGCCGGCUUUUAAUGUGAUCAACGGUGGCUCCCAUGCUGGGAACAAGUUGGCCAUGCAGGAGUUCAUGAUCCUCCCAGUGGGUGCUGAGAGCUUCCGGGAUGCCAUGCGACUUGGGGCAGAGGUGUACCACACACUCAAGGGGGUCAUCAAGGACAAGUAUGGCAAGGAUGCCACUAAUGUGGGGGAUGAAGGUGGCUUUGCUCCCAAUAUCCUGGAGAACAGUGAAGCCUUGGAGCUGGUGAAGGAAGCCAUCGACAAGGCUGGCUACACAGAAAAGAUCGUGAUUGGCAUGGACGUUGCUGCCUCCGAGUUUUAUCGUGAUGGCAAAUAUGACUUGGAUUUCAAGUCUCCCGCUGACCCUUCCCGAUACAUCAGUGGGGACCAGCUCGGGGCACUGUACCAGGAUUUUGUUCGGAACUAUCCUGUGGUCUCCAUUGAGGACCCCUUUGACCAGGAUGAUUGGGCAGCUUGGUCCAAGUUCACAGCCAAUGUGGGCAUCCAGAUAGUGGGUGAUGACCUGACAGUGACCAACCCGAAGCGUAUCGAGCGGGCAGUGGAGGAAAAGGCCUGCAACUGCUUGCUGCUCAAGGUCAAUCAGAUUGGCUCAGUCACAGAAGCCAUCCAAGCGUGCAAGCUGGCCCAGGAGAAUGGCUGGGGGGUUAUGGUGAGUCAUCGCUCUGGAGAAACAGAGGACACAUUCAUUGCUGACCUGGUAGUGGGACUGUGCACAGGCCAGAUCAAGACUGGCGCCCCAUGCAGGUCUGAACGCUUGGCGAAGUACAACCAGCUCAUGAGAAUUGAAGAAGAGCUGGGGGAUGAAGCUCGCUUCGCGGGACAUAAUUUCCGAAAUCCCAGUGUGCUGUGAUCCCUCUGCUUGCCUGAAGACUGGACCCUCCAUCUCAUCCUCCCGAACCCUCCUUCUUGCAGUCCUGACCUGCCAUAGUUCACCCUGAUACCUUGAGCCCAAAGUCACCCAGAACACCUCAGCUCACCUGCUCUGGCUGCUCAUGGCUGUCACAACCCCUUGCUGUGUCUGCUCCCCCUCUCUGGGUCCC